AAUUGUUCUGAGCCUCCACAUUUUAGUAUCAACAAUGGCAUUGUUCAGAAGAGUUGCCCACAUUGACUUUGAGAAUUACUGUGACAACCAUGACCCCAACAACUAUGAAUGCACUUCCAAGAAGAAGAAGAAGAAGAAGAUACCACAGGGAGAGAGGUGCCCCGCCACCAACAAUGAUGAACUUGGUGAGUGGCACUAUGUUUGCAACAAGAAGAAGAAGAAGAAGAAGAAGAAGAAGAAGAAAUUCGGUGAGACCCUCAAUGUCCCCAGCAACAACAAAUUCCCUGAGAGGAGCCACCUCCCUGACCACCAUGAAUCCCUCGACAACAACCAUGUCAUCGACUACUAUGAUGACCUCUAUGAUGGUUAUGGUUUGUUUAGACGUGACGGUAAACCUAGAAAAAUAAAAAAGGAGUCAACAGGUAAUGGCAAAAAAAUAAAAAAGGAGUCAACAGGAAAGGGCAAAAAAAUAAAAAAGGAGUCAACAGGUAAGGGCAAAAAAAUAAAAAAGGAGGAGUCAACAGGUAAGGGCAAAAAAAUAAAAAAGGAGGAGUCAACAGGAAAGGGCAAAAAAAUAAAAAAGGAGGAGUCAACAGGUAAGGGCAAAAAAAUAAAAAAGGAGGAGUCAACAGGUAAGGGCAAAAAAACAAAAAACGAAAAGUCCAAAAAGAUGUGAAGAGAUUGAUGUUAUGCCCAGUAUGAUAACCAUACUCAGACACACCAACCAACAUCUCCAUCUAUCAACAAGGUUCAUACUCAUUCGUAUAAAAAAAAAAAAAAAAAAAAAAAAAAAAAAAAAAAAAAAAAAAAAAAAAUGGAA